UAGAAGCUGUGAGUUAAAAUUUGUUUGUCUACUAAGACAGAGUAAAAUAAAGGUGUUUUUUUUUUUAUUAUUUAAAAGUUGAAGAAUAACUUGAAACAGCGAUGAAAGGCGGCCCAUGUGACAACUCAAAUUAACGUCAUGGUUCGUAAAAGUCCCAAUCAAACAUCCCACAUUCUCUCUCCCCACCCUACAAUUCUGCUUCUCACUACCCCUAUAUAUAUCAACUAACGCAUGUAAACCAAUUUAAUAAACAGCUCCUUUUUAUCUAUUUAUUCUUUUAUUUUUUUUCUAAUUUAUUUUAAAUAAAAAGAUAAAAAUGGCUAAGAAGAGAAAAUCCGACGCCACCCGCCUAGACGAGGUUGACCGGAGCAUCUGCACGAGUUUUUGCAGCGCCGCAAACUCCCUCUCCCAGCUUUACACGCAGGCCAUGAACCACCUACGCCUUUCCUUUCAGGCCAGUGAAGUCACGCGCUGGUCUGCUCCCUAUUCUCAUCAGCAAAUGGCUCAAGGAGUUCGAUCUGGUGAUAACCUAGUUAAGAACUCUGUUUUGUCAAAUGCCCUCUCGAGCCCUGUUUGUCGGAGCCUUCAGCACUACCCCUUGGUGCAGGGUGGUUACAAUUCAAACAAUGUUGUAUCUUCCAUAAACGGACAACACAAUAUCGAAAGCAACUAUUCUCACCAACAAAAUAGGGAUGUCAAUUUCCCCAGCUCUAAUAACUCCAUGGACAUGCAUGCCGAUUGUCCUGGCCAUUAUUUUCCUUGUUAAACCUUUAUGGUCUUUUA